GUCCCAAGUCCCAAAAAAAAAAAAAAAAAAAAAAACAGAGGGGGUCAGCGUCGUCAUUUCAGAACACGGAUCUCACACUGUUGCGUGAAGAGAGAGAGAGUGACAAGCACCGGUGUUCUAGAGAGAGAAAGAGAGUGUGUGUUGAAGAAGAGAAAUCUCUGGCCUCCUUUUCUGACUCGAACAUUUUCGUUUCCAGAAGAAGCAAAAAAAUAAAAAAUCAAUGGAGAGAAGCACUCCUGUGAGGAAGCCUCACACAUCCACCGCAGAUCUGCUCACCUGGGCGGAAAAUCCCGCCGCCGAUUCACCAGCCACCGCUUCUGCUACUUCCGGUGCCCGUUCACACCAGCCGUCGGAUGGUAUUAGCAAGGUGGUGUUUGGAGGCCAGGUUACAGAUGAAGAAGUCGAGAGUUUGAUGAAAAGGAAACCUUGUUCAGGGUAUAAAUUAAAAGAGAUGACUGGUAGCGGUAUUUUUGCAGCUGUUGGAGAGAAUGAUGCAGAAUCUGACAGCGCCAACCCAACCCCAAAUAACAAAUCUGGAUUACGUAUGUACCAGCAAGCGGUUGCAGGAAUCAGUCACAUCUCAUUUGGCGAUGAAGAGACUGUUUCUCCCAAGAAGCCUAGUACUCUUCCUGAGGUGGCAAAGCAGCGGGAGCUGAGUGGGACACUAGAAAGCGACUCUGAGGCAAAGCUGAAGAAGCAGCUUUCUGAUGCCAAGUGCAAGGAGCUUAGUGGAAAUGACAUCUUUGCGCCCCCUCCUGAAAUUCAACCCCGGCCUUUGGCUGCUCGUGCAUUGGCAUUAAGAGAAAGCAUAAGUAUUGGAGAACCUGAAUCACUUGAUGUACACUCAGCUGCCAAAGUAUCUAAUCCCGUUGGAGGUCAGAGCGGUGGAUUCUUUGGCGAGGAACCAAUUAACAAGACAGCGAAGAAGAUCAAUAACCAAAAAUUUGCAGAGCUGACAGGAAAUGACAUUUUUAAGGGAGAUGCUCCUCCAACAUCUGCAGAGAAACCACUAAGCUCGGCAAAGCUGAGAGAGAUGAGCGGCAGUAAUAUAUUUGCUGAUGGGAAGGUAGAAUCUCGAGACUACUUAGGCGGGGUUCGCAAACCCCCUGGUGGCGAGAGCAGCAUUGCCUUGGUGUAACUUGUUUGGACUAACUCAAUUAUUUUACAUUAUUACUUCUGUUAUGGUGUUAUCUUAUUCCUAGUGGGGAUAUGUUCUCAUAUGUUUUGACCUUGUGGUCGCGUGUUCUGAUAUUGAUUAGGUUUAACAUGUCAACCAGAGGUUGGACCAUUGGCUAAUUGGGUUGUAUGUUUAUCAUGUUUUACCAGUGUUUGUAUUAAUGAAGUGUGGUGUUGUUCAGAGCUUA